AUGGGCACUGCAACCGAGUUCUACCGGUCCCAGAUCGGAGGCACGUCGGUCAUCAAUUACUCGUACACCGACUUUCCUUUGAAGCUUCUUCUCAAGGACGUCUACUAUUUUUUCGUGUACAGCUGGGCAUUGCCGUGGAUUCUGCUGCCUCUGAGACCCUGCGGCUCCGGUGAACUCGACGAACUGUAUCCCAGCUGGAGCAAUGCUUUUUGCAUUCUGAUCCAUUUCAUCCUCGUGCUGCUCCAGCUCGCAUUCGUUUUGAUCCUGCCAGUGGGCAUUAUUUUCCCCCUUUGGAUUACCGUGCUCGGGGCCGGGGCUUUUAUGACUUUGAAUUGGGCAUUGUGCAAAUUACUCAACGGCACAGGAAUCACAUUUCACUCAGAUGAGAAGUAUGCGAAACCGCGUCCGGAACACGCACAUGAACAAUGGGUAUUUCUCAAUGGCGUCGCUGUUGGAGAACACUGGAUGAUGGCCAACUUGAAUCGACUGGCCAUUACAUUUGGACGUCCAAUCCUGGGAAUUCAUAACCGAACGUCGGGAAUACUCUUCGACGUCAUCGAGUGCCUGAUUCAGCGCAACCUGAGCUUCGCCACGUCAGACGUGCGUAUUUGCUACAAGCUUCUCAGGAACGUCUUGUACGACCCGAGCAAGUCCAAAGUCGUCUUCAUAUUACACUCUCAGGGCGGCAUAGAAGGUGGCCUAGUUCUGGAUUGGUUGUUGCAAGAGAUGCCGCAAGAUCUUCUUUCUAAACUCGAAGUGUACACGUUUGGAAACGCGGCCAAUCACUUCAACAACCCUCACCGCCAUAUUGCGUCCCAAAUGCUAUCGAGAGCCAAUCCCCUCGUCGCCAUCAGAACGUUCUUCUCCGAGUCGAGCUUUUCUGCUGCUGUUCCGGGUCUUGUCGGUGCAGAAAACGGACAUGCCAAGGGAGGAAAUCCCCAUCGCUCGACAACCAACGAGACAUGCGAAUCUUUCUCAUCUUCACGCAUCUCGUCGGCAGCCAAGGACAGGGCCAUCGGUCACGUGGAACAUUACGCACACUCGACUGAUUUCGUUGCCAUGUGGGGAGUCUUGCAUUUUGCCACAAAUCGAAUGGGUUCCCGUCAACUUCCUCGGUUCCUUGGGCGACUUUUCAACCGCGCGACUGGCAGUGGUGGACACCAGUUCAACCAACACUACCUAAACGGCAUGUUUCCACUGGAGCGCGACAAGAAAACGGGCGAGUUCAUAGGUGCUGACGAAGAGAACGCCUUCAUGGAGGAGGUCAUCAAGUUUGGCAAGGAAGGCGAUGCCAUGGAGAAUGCAAGAGAAGCAUUCGACAUCUCUUACCUGGGAACAGAGGGAUUUGGAACCGGCCACAUAACAACGCCAGUCGAAGUCCACGGAGUCAAGGGCAGGAAGCGGACAAAGACGCAUGUCAAGGUCAAGGAGCUAAGCAGACUCUGGAGCUAUAGAAACGGACAAUCCCCGGGAGACACGCCACCAAAUCUCGUCAUUGAAGCCGGGGCCUGUCGCAAUGCGACCAUGUAG